AUGGAGUUGUCCCCAGAAGACUGCAAACGAUGUCAAGAUCUCACCAAGCAGUUGCUUUCGACUACUCUACAGGACUGUGAAGAACUGGGAUUGACGACGACAUGCGACGGAGCUCAUGCAAAUUUGGACAAGAAGCGCUGGAAGAAACUCCAGUCUCAACAGGACGUCACGAUCUACGCCGAUCGCACCGCCAACUCGGCGUGGCUUCCAGUGAUGAGUCGAAAUGACUGGGAAUACCCAGUAGCAGUGACGGCUGUGGGGCGGAUGGAAUGCUCGCUGGACGAUGUUCUAUUCGCACUGAUGACUCCAAACACGGCUUCACAAAGACUACGGAGUUUUCUUAUGGAUCGACGUCCUGAAAAGAAUUGUCAGCUCACUCCAAUCGUAACACCAACAGAGGAAUCUCCUUUUCAAUUUCUUGCAGUAUCGCGGUUUGUGAAUGUGCACAGCUGGCCAUUCACAAUGUUCAAGAGUCCAAGAGAGAUGGUUCUUACGCUUGCAACGGGUAAAAUUACUGCAUUGGACGGAAAGCGCUGCGGUUAUGAGUUGGCUCAGUCUGUUCCACUCCGUAGCCAAGGAACACGUGCCCCGAUGCCUCAAUUACGAGCUGUGCAGGCGCGCAUUUUCUGGGAGCAGCCGGAUGGAUCAAUUGGCGUCUAUAGCAAACUCAUUGUCGACGCAAAAUACCGUUUAUCGGAUUCCGUGAAGCAGCAAAUGCUGUGUCGAGCAGUUUUGGGCUUCUGGAAGUUUGUGCCACGCAGUCUCGAGACGAAAAAGUUGUGGUGGUGUGUGAAGAACAAAAAGGCGUUAAUGCACAAACUUCGGGCUUAUUCUCAUUCCGAGGAGACGGUGGAAUGCGAAUUGAAGCCUCUGACGCCCAGAAGCAAACAAAUUGUAGCGAACCAGUGUGAGUUUUGUGACACUUGGCUAUGCGGAGGAUCGAAAUGCCGAGUCUCCUGCCAGCUCAAAAUGGUUUUAAGUAGCGAAACAGGGUUCCUCGAGCAAACUUUAGCACUUUGCCCGCGCUGCGCCGCUUUUGUACGAAGCCGAGAUUCAUCUGCAAUCGCUCGAGCAGCGUUACUAGAGAUGGAGCAGAGCUCAUUCGGUAGUGCCUCGUCGUUUACCAAAGCAGUAGCCCGAGAAGACGACACUCUUUCUUCGGCAUCGACUGAAUCGACUGAAUUAAUGUAA